AUGGAAAGCUGGCACAUAGAGCCACUGGGUUGGCUCUGUUUCGCUUUCGAGUCGUUGGAAUCAAGCUCCAGCUGGACUGAAAGUUCCUUCGAGAUCGAUGUGCUGCUGGAAUCUUCGGCGGGGGCACAAACACCCCUUUCAGAUUUGCGAGCGCAAAACUCCGAUGUGGAGGCGGAGCUCUUUGCGCGUAUACGGGCCCUGGAGUCCCAACUAGCUCAUGGAGUACCGCCACAACUCAACCCUGGAGAGUAUGAAAGCAUAGUACGGGAAAAUUUAGAUAACUCCAUUAAUCUAAAUCAUUACCGGAACAACUCUCCAAUGAGUUCUUCGAACUCCAAAUACUCUCAAUAUAUUGGAUGUUUCCCCUUUGCUAUUCUCCCAUUUCUUCCUAUUCAUAUAGGAAACUUGUAUUUCUCAUUCACAAAUCCAUCUUUGUUUAUGCUGCUAACUCUCAGUUUGGUCCUACUUCUGGUUCAUUUUGUUACUAAAAACGGAGGAGGAAACUCAGUACCAAAUGCUUGGCAAUCCUUGGUAGAGCUUAUUUAUUCUUUCGUGCUAAACCUGGUAAACGAACAAAUAGGUGGUCUUGGAGGAAAUGUUAAACAAAAGUUUUUCCCUCGCAUCUUGGUCACUUUUACUUUUUCGUUAUUUCGUAAUCCCCAGGGUAUGAUACCUUAUAGCUUCACAGUUACAAGUCAUUUUCUCAUUACUUUGGGUCUCUCAUUUUCUCUUUUUAUUGGCAUUACUAUAGUGGGAUUUCAAAGAAAUGGGCUUCAUUUUUUAAGCUUUUUAUUACCCGCAGGAGUCCCACUGCCGUUAGCACCUUUUUUAGUACUCCUUGAGCUAAUCCCUCAUUGUUUUCGCGCAUUAAGCUCAGGAAUACGUUUAUUUGCUAAUAUGAUGGCCGGUCAUAGUUCAGUAAAGAUUUUAAGUGGGUUCGCUUGGACUAUGCUAUGUAUGAAUGAUCUUUUAUAUUUCAUAGCGGAUCUUGGUCCUUUUUUUAUAGUUCUUGCAUUAACCGGUCUGGAAUUAGGUGUAGCUAUAUUACAAGCUCAUGUUUCUACGAUCUCAAUCUGUAUUUACUUGAAUGAUGCUACAAAUCUCCAUCAAAGUGGUUAUUUUUUUAUAAUUGAAUAAAAGCGAGGAGCUUUAGCUUUACUGAGUUUACGAAGUUCAGGAGCGAGAACUUCCCCCGGAUCGAAAGAAAAAAAUAAAAAAGAUUCCGAGCACGUCUGGUCAAAGUCUAUCUUGUCUUUACCACGAGUCAUUUUCCUUGGCUAACCAAAAUGAGAGUUUUGCACAUAUCUUCGGGUUCUUCCAUUUAAUUUCUCCCUCAUAGAGGAAAUAAUAAGUAAGGUGGUAUACUCUAUUUAUCCGCCGGAACUCCUUCUAAUGACCUAUGCAUUCUGUUAUCAUUUCCAGUUGGACGAUCCAUUUACAAUUAUUGAGGCAGAAACGAACUCUUUUCA